AUGGCAACUGUUAAAGUAACUGAGCAAAAGGUUAUUCUGUGUGGGGAAUAUGGUGUGGGAAAAACUUCUAUUUUUCGAAGGUUCGCUAACAACAGUUUUGUGACAAGUACUGACAGAAAAUCCACUCUUGGACUUGAUAAUAUUGACAAAGAGUAUAUUGUCGACGAUCGACGUAUCAAACUCCAAUUAUGGGACACGGGAGGCAUGGAAAGAGUUGCAUCUGUUACCUCAAGUUAUUAUAAAUUCGCAGAAGCUGCUAUUCUAGUAUUCGCCCUUGACAAUGCAACCUCAUUUCAUCUUUUAUCGCAACAUUUACUUGAUAUAGUCACUUACGCUGAAAACGCUAAAAUAUUUUUAUGUGGUAAUAAAAACGAUAUCGAAACUAAUGAUCCUCUUGUUACUGAUGCUGAGAUGGAACAAUUCUGUGAACAAUGUCAUAAUUUGAUAUCAGCGACAUACAAAACGUCAUGUAAAACUGGAGAAGGUAUAAAUGAAAUGUUCGAAGACAUAGCUCAACAUUUGGUGGAAGCCAAUAGAUCAAAGAUGGGCUUACAUGACAUGGACGAUCACUUUAAAAUUUCAUACGUCGACGAAGCCAACGAUCCAUCAUGCUUGUGCUAA